AAGCUGCUUUCUGACUCAUGUGGUCCCUUUUCUUUUCGUGAGGCGGGGGUGUAAAUGAGGAAGUUCUAAACCGAAAGGAGAGGUGGUUCUCUUGGCUUGGAAGCGAUCUGAAGCCACUUGUUAGCUGUCUGCGAUGUAGGGGCAAAAUGCAUGAUAGCAAUUGUGUGGAGAAAGCCUGUGUGCCGGUGGAACUGCUGAGAAACCCAAAUUAUCUGCCCUCAAAAAAGCAUUCUACUAAAGUUAAACGAAAUAGAGCCUUUUCCUUCAUCAUCACAUGUUUCAUACUUAUAUUGAAUGGAAUAAUUAUAUACGUUGUAGUAACCAGAAGAAAACCCCAUCAAAUACCGCCAGAGUGCCUUGAAGCUGCAUGCCCAGAAAACUGGAUUGGUUUCCAAAGAAAGUGUUUCUAUUUUUCUGAUGACAUCAAAAAUUGGACAUUCAGCCAGAGGUUUUGUGUCUCACACGGUGCUGAUCUUGUUCAGAUUGAAACCGUCCAGGAACUGGGUUUCCUGUUGCGGUAUAAAGGCCCCUCUGACCACUGGAUUGGGCUCAGCAGAGAAGAAGGCCAACCAUGGAAAUGGAUAAAUGGCACUGAAUGGACCAGCUGUUUUCCUAUCAGAGGAGGAGGAGAGUGUGCCUAUUUGAAUGACAACGGUGCCAGUAGUGCCAGGCACUAUACGGAGAGAAAGUGGAUCUGUGCCAAAGAGGACACAUACUCCAAGAUCAGGAGGCAAAAUGCAACGUAACUCUUCCCUCGUGAACUGUACUCCUUCCCGAAUGUGUCUUAGCUCCGACAGUGUGGAGCCUGCUGCGGAUUCUCUCUCUUGCUCCCCAUCAAGAACCCCCCCAAGACUGCCACAUAUAAUUGCUUUGUAUCCAGGUGCUGUUUUGUUAAUCAACUUGGUAACUUUCCCCCAAAAAGCUUUCCUUCUAGAAUCCUCAUUGAGAGAAUAAAAGCAGUUUCUUUUGUACAUAA